GGGAGGAGCGGAGGAGGAGAGAAGACGAAACGCGUUGGAGGCGACAGGAGAGAGAGGAAGCAGAGAAAGUUGAUAGGAGCGAGAGGGCGCGAGGAGAGGAGAGGAGAGAGGGGUCGAGCAGAUGGGAGGAAGGAAGGAAAGGAUCUCUCCGCGGGCUCAAGUGCGCGAUUAAAGGAUCCUGCACAAAUAAACAAUGAACAUGUGAAUAUAUGAAUCAAAAGGCUAGAGUGAAAAGGGGAGUUCGAGGCGCGUCACCGCGUUGCUGCGUGGACGCGGACAAGACAGCGGCGUUGCGCGCUGAAACAGCAAACUUCUGUCUCUCUCUCUGUGGAUUUUACUCCUCAUGUUCUCCAAACUUCUGCUGAGGUUCACUAACUUUUAAGGUCGCUGUCUUGAAAAGUUUCCCUCCCCCUUCUUGUCUUUCAAUUAACCCUCUCCCCGGAAAAGCAAAAAAAAAAGGUCCGGGGUGGAAGUAGAGGAAGGACGGAAGAGCUUUCUUUUUUUUUUUUUUUUUUUUUUGGUUCCUUCCGAGGAGCCCAGCUCGCCGUAGCCGGGGUUUAGGCGUUGGCACCCGGGCAGGGAGUCCCUCGCCAUGGCCGGGGCGAAGCCGGGAGUCCACGCGCUGCAGCUCAAACCCGUGUCCGUCCAUGAAGCUCUAAAGAAGGGGGGCAAAUUCAUCAAAUGGGACGAGGAGCCCAACAGCGGGCACCCCACCCUGGUAACCCUGAAAGUUGACCCAGAUGGAUUUUUCCUCUACUGGACUGGAGGCUCAAACCUGGAGGUGGAGACUCUGGACAUUGCGACUAUCAGGGACACCAGAACAGGAAAAUACGCCAAACAACCAAAGGACGCAAAGCUCCGGGAGGUGCUCGGCUUCGGCAAGGCCGACAACGUGGAAGGGAAGCUGGUUACUGUGGUGCAUGGCAAUGACCUGGUCAACACUUCCUUCCUUAACUUCCAGGCCAUGCAGGAAGAUACAGCCAAGAUUUGGACGGAUGAGCUGUUCACUUUGGCCACUAACAUUCUCUCCCAGAAUGCAUCGCGGAACACCUUCCUCCUCAAAGCGCACACCAAGUUGAAGCUGCAGGUGAAUCAGGACGGGAAGAUUCCUGUGAAGAAUAUUCUCAAGAUGUUUUCAGAUAAAAAGCGAGUGGAGACGGCUCUGGAGCAGUGCGGCCUCGUAAAUAACCGGGCAGAGGGACUCAAGCCAGAUGAUUUCACGUGGGAGGCCUUCCAGAAGUUUCUUGCCAGCCUCUGUCUCCGGCCUGAGAUACAAAGCAUCUUUGUGGAAAGUGGCUCGAAGGGGAAGCCUUUCAUCUCUCUGGACCAGCUGAUGGACUUCAUCAACCGCAGGCAGCGAGACUCCCGACUGAACGAGGUGCUGUACCCCCCGCUGAAGAUAGACCAGGUCCGACAGACCAUGGAGAAAUAUGAGACCAACACCAGCCAGCUGGAGAGAGACCAGAUCAGUUUGCAGGCUUUCACUCUCUAUCUGGGAGGAGAAGAAAACAGCAUCGUCCCCCCAGAGCGGCUGGAUGUCAUCGACGACAUGAACCAGCCGCUGUCGCACUACUUCAUCAACUCCUCGCACAACACGUACCUCACAGUGGGUCAGCUGACCGGCCUGUCGUCGGUGGAGAUGUACAGGCAGGUGCUGCUGACCGGCUGUCGCUGUGUAGAGCUGGACUGCUGGAAGGGCCGGCCCCAAGACGAGGAGCCCUACAUCACCCACGUUACCAUGACCACUGAGAUCCCUUUUAAGGAGGUGAUCGAGGCGAUAGCAGAGAGCGCUUUCAAGACCUCGCCGUACCCCGUCAUCCUGUCCUUUGAGAAUCACGUCGACUCAGCGAAGCAGCAAGCCAAAAUGGCCGAGUACUGCAGGACCAUCUUUGGAGACGCUCUGCUCAUUGAGCCUCUGGAGAAAUACCCGCUGGAACCCGGUCAGCCUCUCCCCUCGCCGCAGGAGAUGCUCGGAAAGAUUCUCAUUAAAAACAAGAAGAAGCACCACCACCACCGCCGACCCUCGAGCGGUGGCAGCAUACGACGCAGAGAGCUGGAGGAGCAAUCGCCGCCCAACAACGAUUGUCCUUUAAAUGACAGCGAGGCGGGUCAGCUCUUGUCCAACGGGGAGGAGAAGCUGGCAGAGAGGCUGGUCAAAGAAUCGGAGCCUCGCAAGUCCAUAGGAGGAGAAGGAGAAAGCGAGGAGGAUGAGGAGGACGAACCAGUGACCGAACUGAAAAAGCCGAACUCUGAUGAGGGUACAGCCAGCAGCGAAGUGAACGCCACAGAGGAGAUGUCCGGCCUCGUCAACUACAUCGAACCUGUCAAGUUCAAGAGCUUUGAGGUGGCAAACAAGAGGAGGAAGUUCUAUGAAAUGUCCUCAUUCGUGGAAACCAAAGGCAUGGACACCCUGAAGAGCUGCCCCAUCGAGUGUGUGGAGUACAAUAAGAAUCAGCUGAGCAGAAUCUACCCCAAAGGAACCAGGGUGGACAGCUCCAACUACAUGCCUCAGCUCUUCUGGAAUGUGGGCUGCCAGAUGGUGGCGCUGAACUUCCAGACCCUGGACCUCCCGAUGCAGCUGAACAUGGGUGUGUUCGAGUACAACGGCCGCAGCGGCUACCUGCUGAAGCCCGAGUUCAUGCGCAGGACGGACAAACACUUUGACCCCUUCACGGAGAACAUAGUCGACGGGAUAGUCGCCAACACCGUGAAGAUAAAGGUGAUCUCGGGACAGUUCCUGACGGAUAAAAAAGUGGGCGUGUACGUGGAAGUGGACAUAUUUGGACUUCCUGCUGAUACAAAGAGGAAGUACAGAACUAAAACAUCCAAUGGGAACUCGCUGGAUCCUGUUUGGGACGAUGAAAUGUUUGUGUUUAAUAAGGUGGUCCUCCCGACACUGGCCUCUCUGAGGAUAGCAGUGUUUGAAGAAAAUGGCAAGUUUAUUGGACACCGGAUUCUCCCUGUGUCAGCCAUUAGACCUGGCUACCACUACAUCAACCUGAAGAAUGAGCUCAACCAGCCCCUUCUCUUGCCCACGCUGCUGGUUUACACCGAGGCUCAGGACUACAUCCCCAAUGAACACCAAGAGUACGCUGAGGCUCUGACCAACCCCAUCAAGCACAUCAGUCAACUGCACAAGAGAGAGACACAGCUGGCUGUGCUCAUAGAGGAUAACAGUGAGCACUUCCCCAACCAGCCCAACGAGGGAGACACCAGGAGAGACAGUGAAGUUAUUCCAGGAUGUCAGCUACCCCCCCACUUCCACACUCAGCACAUGGGCUCAUUGGAUGAAAGCCCUGCUGACAUAAUUAAGUUACCUGCACCAGUUCAAUGUCCAAAGGAAGACCUCAUAGCCAGUGUUCUGGCAGGCGUCCAGGCUCAGUCGAUAGAGGAGCUGAAGCAGCAGAAGAGCUAUCUGAAGCUGCUGAAGAAACAGAGCAAAGAAGUCAAAGAGCUGCGCAAGAAACACCUCAAGAAGGUGUGGAAUCUGAGUAAGGAGCAGAAGAGUCGGAGUAGCCAGGUUCAGUCUGACACCCUGAGGAAACGAAGUCAGAUGGAGAAAAACCUCAAACGUAGCAUCAGGAAAAACGAACCUCAGGAGCCGGUGCAGCGUGAGCUGACAGCGCUGGAUCAGGAGAUUGAGAAGCAGAGUGUCCAGCUGAGGGAAUGGCAGAUGCAAGAGCUGCUGAAUCUCCGACAGCAGCUUCACACACUGGAGAGGCAGAAGCAACAAACACACCUGCAGGAUGCCAUCCAGAAGUUAAAGGAGACAGCGCAUGAAUGCCAAGCAGCUCAGCUGAAGAAGCUCAGGGAGACCUGCGAAAAGGAGAAGAAAGAGCUCCAGAAGAUCCUGGACAGGAAGCGACAAAACAGCAUCAGUGAAGCUAAAAGCCACGAAAAAGACAAGGCUGAGACGGAGCUGAAUGAGAUCAACAGGAAACACAUUCAAGAUUCUGUCUCCUUAAUCCGCAGGCUGGAGGAGGCUCAGACCAGGAGACAGGACAAGCUGAUGCUGAGGCAGCGGGAGAUCGUGCAGCACAUAGAUGAAGAACUUCCUCUGCUACGGUCUCAGCUGGAGAGAGAGCUGGAGGAGGAGUCAGAGAGACUACCCGAGGAGAUCUGCCAGCACCUGCACUUGGAGCUCCAGAACAAAGGUCUCCGAAAGGACGCCCUGUGCUCUUCUUUGUCCAAUAACAGCAGCCCCAGCUCUGGCUCGGGCCCGCCCUCCAACUGCUCCACGCCCUCGUACCCGUCAACACCUAAUCGCGUCACCUGGAACAGGAGCAUGGACAAUAGCACAGCCUCAUUGGCCGAUUCCACUUCCUCGUCCACCACCCCGGUCCUGUCGGAGGCGGAGAUGUCGUUCAGUUAAAAUCAUUGCUUGUAAAAAUCUAAAUACAUUCAACAGGGGUCUAUAAUGAUUAUAAUGAGGGAUAGUACUGAUAUUAAUUAUUAACUAAUUUUAUUCCUUUUUUUUAUUACAGACUGUUUUGUUCUUGUCUACAGAGCUUUAUUGUUUUUACGUAGCUGUUUUUGUCAGAUGACACAUCAUGCCUUUUAUUGAAAGAAAUCAUAACCAAACUUUUUACAUUUUUUUAAUUUUUUUUAUUUUCUUGUGUCUUUGUUUUGCUUUUAAUGUCAUAUCCUUGGACACUUUUUUUUUCUAAUUUCCACUCUUGUUGCUCCACAGCACAAGCUCCAUGUACACACUGUUUUUGCUCAAACUUUCUGUUUGUAAAAACUCAAACCUUCUUUUUUUCACGCGGGGUAAGAAAUGGCUGCGUCACAAGCAAUUACCAUAGGGGUAAGAUAUUUAGAUAUUUUUUUGGUAGCACUAAUUCACCAAUGAGAUUGUUUCUAGGGGGCGUCAUGUCCUACGAAUAGAUGGGAAAGAGUAAAAAAAGAAAAUCCUUAAGAGUAUUAGUGCUGCAAAUAAAUGUCAAUGUCACAUUUUACCACUUUAUCAGGUAAAAAUGAUCAAAAUUAGAAAAGUUGUUUCCAGAAUUCUGUAUCAGGUAGGAACGUGAAGGGAAAGAGGGCUGAUUUAUAAGAGUAGGGGUGUUUUAAGCUGCAGUUUUAGCUGUAAUGGCAGCAGCUGACCAGUAAGUGGUGCUGCAGCAUUACCUUUUUUUUU